UCUCCCUACAGAACAGUAGAAGCUCGGCACAGUGGGCUGAGCUCAUCUAAGGGUGAAAGGAAGAAGGAGGGAUUGCUGAAGGCAGGGACUCAGAGCUGCUGUCCCGCUACAGAUCGUGCAAUCUGACUGCUUUGCUCUCCAACCCACGCCGCACCCCCUCUGUAUCGCUUCGCUUUUUUGGGAACUAUUCGGCCAUUUUUACCCACCAGCCUCCCUCCUUUUUGCACAUAGCACAUUCUUUUAAACCAAUUUUUCUCCUCGCAUCGACUGCUUUUGUUUUCUUUUCCGGGGCGGUCCUUCGGACUCGAUUAGGCGAUGGCCUUCAUUGGGCGUGCAGUCCAGCGCCUCGUAUCAGCAGCGCGUCCCUCUGUAGCCCCACUGUGCCGGACAAGUUCUCGGUCUUACAGCACUGAACACACCAGUGAAAAGAGCGUCCCCUAUGAGAAGACACUCAAACAGGAGGAAGGAGCUUCCACAGGACCCACUAAGCCUUUACCAAGGUCAGCUGAUGUGGUGGUGAUUGGAGGAGGUAGUCUCGGCUGUCAGACCGUCUAUCAUCUGGCCAAAAUGGGGAUGACCAACGUAGUUUUGCUGGAGAGAGACAGACUGACUGCUGGCACCACCUGGCAUACGGCCGGCCUUCUGUGGCAACUCCGUCCCAGUGAUGUGGAGGUGGAGCUCCUGGCCCACACCAGGAACGUGAUCAGCAAAGACCUGGAAGAGGAAACGGGUCUCCACACUGGCUGGAUCCAGAAUGGAGGACUCUUCAUUGCUUCCAACAAGCAAAGACUGGAUGAAUACAAGCGCCUCAUGUCGCUGGGUAAAGUUUAUGGCAUCGAGUCUUAUGUUCUGUCACCUGCGGAGACCAAGGACCUUUAUCCCCUCAUGAAUAUUGAUGAUCUGUAUGGAACGCUGUAUGUUCCCAAAGAUGGCACCAUGGACCCUGCAGGCACCUGUACCACCCUGAGCAGAGCUGCUACAGCGAGAGGAGCCACGGUGAUCGAGAACUGCCCAGUGACCGGUAUCCAAGUGCGAAUGGACGACCUUGGGGUCAAGAAGAUCAAGGCGGUGGAGACACCUCAUGGAACCAUUGAAACACCGUGUGUGGUGAACUGUGCAGGUGUGUGGGCCAGCAAGCUUGGUGAAAUGGCUGGAGUCAAUGUUCCUCUUAUUGCCAUGCAUCAUGCUUAUGUGGUGACAGAGAGGAUAGAGGGCAUACAGAACAUGCCAAAUGUCAGGGACCAUGACGCAUCGGUGUACCUGCGCCUCCAAGGUGACGCUCUGUCUGUGGGUGGUUAUGAACAAAAUCCCAUCUUCUGGGAGGAGGUGUCAGAUAAGUUUGCCUUCAGCCUGUUUGACCUGGACUGGGACGUAUUUAUGCAACAUAUCGAGGGAGCUAUAAAUAGAGUUCCUGUUCUGGAGCAGACUGGUAUCAAGUCCACUGUCUGUGGACCAGAAUCUUUCACUGCUGACCAUAAGCCGCUGAUGGGAGAAGCACCAGAAGUUCGAGGUUACUUCCUGGGCUGUGGCUUCAACAGUGCAGGUAUGAUGCUGGGAGGUGGAUGUGGCAGAGAGCUCGCUAAGUGGAUCGUACAUGGCCGGCCAGAAAAGGACAUGUAUGGAUAUGACAUCAGACGUUUUCACAGUUCGCUGACAGACAACACACGCUGGAUCAGGGAGAGGAGCCAUGAGUCAUAUGCAAAAAACUAUUCUGUAGUGUUUCCCUUUGAUGAGCCACUGGCCAGCCGUAACAUGAGGAAGGACCCUUUUCAUGAGGUGCUGACAGAGCAAGGUUGCAUGUUUCAAGAGAGGCAUGGUUGGGAGAGACCUGGUUGGUUCAACAAAGAGGGACCGGCUCCUCCUAAAAACUACGAUUACUACGGCGCUUACAACAUUAGGAAUAAUGAGAACUACAGAUACAAAGAACUCCUGGGCAAAGAGUACACCUUCGACUUCCCUCCGCAUCACGAUGUGAUUAAGAGUGAGUGUCUCUCAUGCCGACACGACGUCGCUGUGUUUAACAUGUCCUACUUUGGGAAGUUCUAUCUCACCGGACCAGAUGCCAAGAAAGCAGCCGAUUGGCUCUUCUCAGCUGAUGUCAACAAGAAGCCAGGUUCCACUGUAUAUACGUGUAUGUUGAAUAAAAGAGGAGGGGCGGAGGCCGACCUGACGGUGAGCAGGCUGGAGCCGGGCGCCGCCAAGCUGCCACUGGCACCACCAUCAGAUGGUGAUGCAUACUACCUUGCCAUUGGCGGCGGUGUCGCCGAACACAACUGGAACCACAUUAGGACAGUUAUUCAGGACCAAGGCUUCCACUGCCAGCUGACGGACCACUCUGAAGACAUGGGGAUGAUCAGCAUCCAGGGGCCUAAGAGUCGAGAAGUAUUGCAAGAUGUUUUGGAUGCAGAUCUCAGCAACGAAGCGUUUCCCUUCUCUACCCAUAAGCUUGUGAACGCAGCAGGAUAUCAGGUGCGAGCAAUGCGUCUGUCAUUUGUCGGAGAGCUCGGGUGGGAGCUCCACAUUCCCAAAGACUCCUGUGUUCCCGUCUACCGAGCUGUCAUGGCCGCCGGUGCAAAGCAUGGCAUCAUCAAUUCAGGCUACAGAGCAAUCGACUCUCUCAGCAUAGAGAAGGGGUACAGACACUGGCACGCUGACCUUCGGCCUGAUGACACACCUUUGGAGGCGGGGCUUGCCUUCACCUGCAAACUGAAGAGCUCCAUCCCGUUCCAGGGCCGGGAAACGCUGGAGAAACAGAAGGAAGCGGGACUGAGGAGGCGUAUCGUCUGUUUCACCAUCGAUGAAAAAAUACCAAUGUUCAGUCUAGAGGCCAUAUUCCGUAACGGCGUCCCUGUUGGUCACCUCCGGCGAGCCGACUAUGGCUUUUUCAUAGACAAAACUCUUGGUUAUGGAUACAUCCACAACCCUGAUGGAGGAGUGGUCAGUGGCGAUUUUAUUAAAACAGGCACGUUUACGCUCGAAAGGAUGGGAGUGGCAUACAAGGCCAAGGCACACCUCAAAUCUCCGUUCGACCCUGAAAAUAAACGGGUUAAAGGAAUCUACGAGUGACCGCCAAUGUGAAAACACCGUGGUUAGAGAAUAAUAUGCAACCUGCUGCUUUUCCACAUUCAGUUGCCACUACAAUUGUAUACCUCUGCCAUUGAUGGUGUUUCAUAAAUGUGAAGUGAUAAAGUGACAUUUACGGAGAUUGAGUUUAACAAUAUUUGCUCAUUCUUAAAUGAUUUAAAUGUUCCAAAAUCAAAGCAGGUCCACUGUUCCUCGAUGUGUGCUCUUAUACAAUUAUUACCAUAAAACUUCCACCAGUUCAAGACUUUAUCAAGACAAAAUGUUUUUGUAACUAAAUAAACUUCACUAUCCUUUCAGGAAGCAAACAUAACUUACUCGAAUAACUCUUUUUUUUUUUUUUUUUUGCCAAACUUGCAAUUCAUUAGGGGAUAUUAGUGCAGAUAUUUGCAUUUAUUACUUUAAAGACUCCCUUUUUAACAUUGAAAGUCUUACUUCCUAUAGCAGCUCACUUUGCACUGAGUUGUUGAACAGAAUUCGUUAUCAUGACCAUAGAUGUGUGUCUGUGUUGUAAAAUUUUAUGUGAAGCACUGAGGGUGUCCUUAACCAAAGAAGUCUUAAAAGGGCUUGGAAAAGAGAUUAUACGUGUGUGUGUUUUUACUCAAAGUAAAUCAAAUGCUGCAGCUUCCCAGGUAAUUGAGUAUUUAAUGUAAUUUGGCUUAAAUUAAGAAUAAACCUGUUUUUGUUUUUCUUUUUUUUUUUUUAUCACCAACAACUAGAGAUCAAGGCUUCGUCCUGAAGGUAAAAUAUUCAGUAAUCUAGCAAACUGACUGUGUGUGACCUCCUGCUUCUUGCUUCAAAGUUUUAUAACUGUGCCUUGGGCGCUUCAUGCCCACCAAAUGGCUGAGCUAUGUUUUUUAUGAGGUUAACUAUUUAUUAUGAAUAUUUUUUAAUAAUGAUGCGACAGGGGUCACAAUAUUCCAUAAAGGCUCUUUUUGCUCCAUUUGGUUUUUUUAAAAAGUACUUACAGGCUAUGAGCUCUACUGUUUUCUACAAGUAAAAAUCUCCACAGAGGUAAAAAAUAAAAUAUAAUAGUGCACUUU